GUGUUGUUAUGCCAACAACACUGGAGCUUGACGGUGGUGUUUCCACCGAGCAGUUGAAGGAGAGAACAGGUUUUUCAUUGUGGCGAAGAUUGAGUUUACAGUUUCUACUGUUAUAUAAUCGUGUUGUUUGGUGUCUCGUCCAUCUCUCCGUUGCCGACUCCCAGCCGUUCAAACCGGAAUGGCCGAACCGAGCGGCAGAUAUCAGCAGCUGACCAACGAGGAGGACCCAGAAGAGAGUCCCGAGGUAGCAGCUGAUGCUCCACCCCCGUACAGCAGCAUCACAGUGGACAAUGCCGCCUACUUUGACUACAAGGAAGACGGGGCUUUCCCCAAGCCUCCUUCAUACAACGUAGCGACCACGCUGCCUUCCUAUGAUGAAGCAGAAAGAACCAAGACUGAGACUACUGUUCCCCUGGUAACUGGGAGAGAUGAAGACUUUGUGACCAGAGAUGACUUUGAGGACGCCGACCAGCUGAGGAUAGGAAAUGACGGCAUCUUCAUGCUGACUUUUUUCAUGGCAUUCCUGUUCAACUGGAUCGGUUUCUUCAUGUCUUUAUGUGUGACCACAUCAGCAGCCGGCCGCUAUGGGGCUAUCUCAGGCUUUGGCCUCUCCCUAAUCAAAUGGAUCUUCAUAGUCAGGUUCUCCACAUACUUCCCCGGGUACUUUGAUGGACAGUACUGGCUGUGGUGGGUGUUCCUGGUGUUGGGCUUUUUGCUCUUCCUGCGAGGAUUCAUCAACUAUGCCAGAAUCCGAAAGAUGGCUGACACCUUAUCCACCCUGCCCCGCACCCGAGUCCUCUUCAUCUACUGAGCUCACGAUCCAUCAGUUUUCAUCAUAAUCUUUUCCCUCUUUUCAGUGAAACAUACUGCCUGGUUUUAUCCAAUCACAACAGGAGAAAAGAACAUGUUUCCCCUCUGCUUGACAUGCUUUGGACAAUACAACUUUUGUCUCCCUUUGGUGUAAAAUAGUGAAAUGCCGUGAAACCCUUCAGUUGUUAGUGGUGAACUGUCAAGUGCUAUUUGCAGUUAUGACGUGUGUGGUGUAUAAAUGAAUGCCUUAUUUUCAGUUUUACUCCCUGUUGGUAGCAGCAGCGUGAGCUGUUCUCCUGUUAGCCACCAGGGGGCAGUCUUGUUUGUGUGUUUUUCUUUCACCCGUCUUCUAUCAGAUGAUGUCAUGGUUCUCAGGCCAGGUCAUUUUGGGGUUAUGGGUUGAUUUACUCAGUGUGAAAUAAUAUAAUUAAAGUACUUAAUGUACUUUUAACCCAUUUGACUAAUGUGUCAUUCUAUUGGGAAAUAGUGUAUAAUUCAGUUAAAAUAAGACUAAACAGGUUGAGGAUGUAUAGAAGAUCAGGGGCCAGGUUUCUCACAUAAUUAGAAAUUGUCUGUGCUUACACACCCUGUAAUCGGGAGUGUUGUUUCCUUGCAUGUAAUACAUGCACGUCAGCAAAGAGGUAAAGCAGAGCUUCUUUGACAGGCUGGGGAUCAUUGCCCUGCUCAAGGACACAGUUACGGGGAUGGAAUAAGCUGAUAGUCUGUCACUCCAUUCAGAUGUGAAUUAGACGUCCUAUCUCAGUCACUGGCACCCAAUGAUUGGUUUCCAAUGAGGAAAAAAUUAUCGUAUUGCCAGAAGUGAUUUGUAAACCCUGCCCUGGGAAGAACAAGAAAUGCAUUAUAUAGAGCAGAGAAAAAUAAAUGUUGGUCUUGAACUAUUACAUGUUAAUAAGAUCCCUGUGAACAUCACAUACCAUUAUAGUUUUACUAGUUAUUCAUGUUACAGUAUGCCACUUGGAAAAGCUUAUUGAUAUCAACUAAAAGGAGGAGAUAUUUCAGAUAAUUGUCACAGCUGGAUUUCAUUAAACAUUUACAUACAAACA